UAUUUUUAACUCCAAAAGAUUAAGAGUGUGUGCAGUGAUUAAAUCCCCAGCUUAUUGCCUUCUGCUCUGUUUGUCUUUCGUGGAGAGUGGCUACAUGGGGGGUUGAUUAUAUUUUUUAUGUUUGUAUUUCUUUUAGUUACAAUUUAAAACUAUUAUUUAUCUUAUUCCUAAUUUUUUCUGUAGACCUACAAUGAUGAACCAAUCGAGAUGUCAUUUCAAACAGCUGAUAAAGAGGAGAUCGAGUCUUUUCGCUAGCAUUAAACUCAAUGCCAGCUUCUCACAAAGCAUUGGGGAAGAGGACAGUGCUUUUCCUUUUUCACAGGACAGUUCUGUCAAACCAUGGACAUCGAUGGACAGACUUAACAGUCCGGCGAAUAAAGUAGAAGAUUUAAAAAGUAAGGAACAUAAAUGUAAUGAUGCAAAGCCACAGCACCGACUUCCACAAAUGAUAAGUCUUAAUGUAGGUGGAAAAUUGUUUCAUCUUUCCAAACAUUUGGCAAUUAAAUAUCCUAAAUCACGAAUCGGGGCUUUAGCUGUGUGUUCAGAUCCUGUAAAGCGUCUGACGCUCUGCGAUGAUUAUUGUGUAAUCAAUAAUGAAUUUUUCUUUGAUCGAGACCCAACAUUCUUCCACUACAUCUUCCACCUUUACUACAGUAACAUGCUGUGGGUGAUGGAGAGUGUGUGUCCCAUUCACUUUGAGGAAGAAAUAGAUUUUUGGGGUUUAAACCUGAAUGACACACCUCGCUGCUGUCGAAUCCUGUACGAGGAGAAAGUGGAUGAAAUUCGAGACCAGCUGAAGGUGAAUAAAGAACUGAUGGCUGAAAUUGAACCUGUUCACAAUGACGAGGGAUUUAAAACAAUGAUUCUGGGUGAUUUUCGUAAGACACUCUGGGAUUUAAUGGAAAACCCAUACUCUUCUGUGGGUGCAAAGUUUUUUGCUGUGAUGUCCACCACCUUUGUGCUCAUCUCGAUUGUGGCCAUGACUUUAAACACUGUGAAUGAACUGACCGAAUAUAAAAUCCAUGGAAGAACAUACAUGGAGUUUGUUGAGAUCCUUUCAAUUCUCUUCUUCACUUCUGAGUAUUUCCUCCGUCUCCUGACCACCUGUGAUGUAAACAAUUUCCUCAAAAGUGCCCUGAACUUUGUUGACUUGGUAGCCGUGAUGCCAUAUUUUAUUCAGCUUGUGUUUGAAAUGUUUUCUGAUCAAGAAGAUCUUAGUGUUCAAGACGACCUCAAAACAAUGGCACGAGUGAGCAAAGUCAGCAAAGUGCUAAAAAUUGUCAAAUUGAUGAGAAUAUUUCGCAUCCUGAAAUUAGCAAGACACUCGACAGGGAUGCGAGCAUUUGGUUUCACUCUGCGUCAGUGUUUCGAGCAGGUAUGCUGCUUAUUUUUAUUUAUUAUUAUGGGAAUCUUUGUUUUUUCUGCGCUGAUGUAUUCAGUGGAACAAGAUGUGAUUGGAACUCCAUUCAGCAGCAUUCCAGAUACCUGGUGGUGGGCAGCAGUGAGCAUCUCCACUGUGGGUUACGGUGAUGUGAUUCCAGUUUCGUUUUCUGGUUGUGUUGUGGCAUUUGGCUGCAUUUCAUUUGGGAUUAUUUUAAAUGGAAUGCCAAUUUCUAUCCUCUUUAAUAAAUUUUCAGAUUAUUAUUCUAAACUCAAAGCACAGGAAUAUACCAACACAAAAAUCCAGCGCAGUCUGAACCUCAAAAAACGCUUACAACGCAAGUGUGAGAAUUGUUUUAAUUCUGCAGACACUGAAACAGACUAUGAGCAUUAGAUGCAUAAACAUCAUCCUCUUCAUUAUCUCUGAAAUUAUCAUCACCUUAAUCAUCUUCACAAAAGUUUAAUAAUAGAAAUGAUUUUGAAAGAAAAACUAUAUUUAACAUGUAUUCAAAUAAGGGGUUAAGGUAAAGGUUGGAACAUUUAAAAUGUGCGCUGAUCUUUGUAGACAUUUAACUCUUCUGUCCUCAAGCUAAGUUACGGGUUUAAUUGUUAAUCAGCUUUAAGACUUAACAUGUUAACAAAGGACCUGCCGUGUGUGUAACUCUGACUGUGAGUGUGUGUAACUCUAACUGUGUGAGUGUUUAUCUCUGACUGUGAGUGUGUGUAACUCUGACUGUGUGAGUGUGUGUAACUCUGACUGUGAGUGUGUGU